UCACGUUCAAAGAUUCAAAGAAGCUCUCAAACUUUCCAAGGACCCCAAAUACAAAUUCCAGGCGAUCUUUUGAGACUCUCGUCAUGCGUGCAAUCGUGCCCACCAUCCAUCUUCAUCACCCCACUCCCAAAGGUUAUAAAAGCCAGAACCUAGCCCGCUGUCCGAUCAGUGCCACUCAAGGGAUCGCCGUUGAUCCGCGUCAUCUGUGGCCAAUUCAGAGCCUCCAUCUCCCCCAACAACUCUCAAACCUCAUCCAUCUCCAUUUAGGCACCACUGGCCUACAACUUCCCCGAGACAUCGACGGUCAGAUGGUUUCAACAACGCCCAUUAAGGAAGACAUCGCCAUGAAAUGGCAUGAGAUCCACAGUUCAUCAGAUUGGACCCACUUAAUUGAUCCAUUGCGUCCAUGGCUCCGACAGGAGAUCUUGAAGUAUGGGGAAUUCGCGCAAGCAACAUACGAUGCUUUUGACUUUGAUUCCUUCUCUGAGUACUGUGGGAGUUGCCGAUACAAUCGGCAGAGGCUCUUUGAGCAGUUGGACCUCACUAAACAUGGUUACAAGGUGACCAAAUACAUCCAUGCCAUGUCCCACAUUGACUUGCCCCGUUGGAUGGAGCGGUCCCACCUGUUGGAUGCAUGGAGCAAAGAUUCCAAUUGGAUGGGCUACAUCGCAGUCAGCGAUGAUGAUGAGUCGUGCAGGAUCGGACGUAGGGACAUUGUUGUGGCAUGGCGUGGGACUGUCGCACCCUUGGAGUGGUAUGAAGACCUUCAAAGGAAGCUUGAGCCCAUUGGGGAUGAUGAUGUGAGGGUGGAACAUGGGUUCCACAGUAUCUACACAUCUAAGUGUGACUCAACUAGGUACAACAAGUCAAGUGCAUCAGAGCAAGUGAUGGGAGAAGUGAGAAAGCUUGUGAACUUGUACAAACAGAUGGGUGAAGAGGUGGGCGUCACCAUCACUGGCCACAGCCUAGGUGGGGCCCUAGCUCUCCUCAACGCUUACGAGGUCGCCUCCUCCCUCCCCGACCUCCCAAUCAGUGUCAUCUCUUUUGGGGCCCCACGAGUCGGCAACAAUGCAUUUAGAGACAAGCUCAAUCAAAUGCAAGUGAAGAUAUUGCGGGUCGUGAUCAAGCAAGAUGUCGUCCCGAUGAUGCCAGGGAUCAUUUUCAAUGAGCACCUGGAGAUUUUCGAAGAGAUCACUGGGACACUUGACUGGGUGUACACACAUGUGGGGACUGAAUUGAAGCUGGAUACACGUUCGUCCCCUUAUCUAAAGCACAGAUUCAAUGUGCCUGGUACACAUAGCCUAGAGACGUACCUUCACCUAGUGGAUGGUUUCGAUACUUCUGUAACGGGCUUCCGUAAGGAUGCUCAGCGGGAUGUGGCAUUGGUGAACAAGGCUUGUGGAAUGCUGGUGAAUGAGCUGAAAAUUCCGGAGUGCUGGUACCAGCUAGCCAACAAGGGACUUGUGCGCAACUCUUCGGGUAGAUGGGUUCAACCCAAGAGAGACAUAGAAGACAUACCCUCACCAUGUAGGGAAGAUUCAUAUGUUUUGAGCUUAAAUUGA